CAGAUUCCUUGUAAAACUCGUUGUCAUGUACACACGUAUAUAUAGAUUUUAUAUCUCAUUAUGGAUUCUUUACUGUUGUAUUGCGGGAUUCUCGCUUGUGUGAUGGAUUCGGAGGGUCUGGGUCACUUCAAUAGAAUCCAAGACUGUGGCAGAGGAGGAGAGAGGUGAUGGGGCCCAAAGCGCUGGCGGCAGCUGUUAAAGUUGAGUAAUUGAGUAAGAGACGUAAUUCCUCAAUAUUAAAUGCAUUCGUUGUUCUGCAUCCUUCAAUUGUUUAUAUUUAAACUGCAAUAAUAACAACAAUAAGUGAAAUAGUAACCGUAAGAUCGUACAUGAUAUGCAGAUCACACUUUUAAAAGGGAAUAAACAUGUGUCACCAAUAGAGGAAUUACGGCUCGAGCUGCUAAUGCUCUCUGCCUUCAGCGAAACACCCGGGUUCAAGGUUCACUUCCUCUCGUAAAUAACUGGCACAGUAAUCAAGCGAGAGGCCCCUUCAGUUCAUCCACCUUUUCACACACAUGAAUCUGACAGCAGAGAGCCACCGUAUCCCUCUCAGUGACGGGAACCAUAUUCCAGUGCUGGGAUUGGGCACCUAUGGGGACCCCCGAACGACGGCGAAAGGCACAGCGCUUGAUUGUGUCAAGCUGGCCAUAGAUGAGGGUUACAGGCACUUCGACGGGGCAUUGGUGUAUUUCAAUGAGCACGAAGUGGGUCAAGCCAUCAGAGAGAAGAUUGCUGAUGGAACCGUCCGAAGGGAGGACAUCUUUUACUGCGGAAAGCUCUGGAACACCUUUCAUCCGCCACAGUUGGUGCGGCCGGCCUUAGAAAGGACGCUGCGGAGCUUAAAACUGGACUACGUGGAUCUCUACAUUGUCGAGCUCCCCAUGGCCUUCAAGCCUGGAAAUGAGUUCUAUCCAAAAGACCAGGAUGGAAACUACAUCUACCACCACACAGACCUGUGUGCAACAUGGGAGGCUUUAGAAGCUUGCAAAGACGCCGGGCUGGUUAAGUCUCUGGGAGUCUCCAACUUCAAUCGGCGCCAGCUGGAGCUGCUGCUGAACAAACCGGGCCUGAAACACAAGCCCGUGUCCAACCAGGUUGAGUGCCACCCAUAUUUCACACAACCCAAGCUUCUGGAGUUCUGUCGUCAGAACGACAUCGUGAUUGUUGGCUACUGCCCAAUCGGCUCGUCCAGAGACACGUCCUGGGUGAAUGUGAAAUCUCCUCCCCUGCUGGAAGACGAGCUGCUUGUGUCCAUUGGGGAAAAGUACAGCAAGAGUCCCGCUCAGGUGGCUCUGCGCUUCAACGUUCAGCGAGGAGUCGCCGUGAUCCCCAAGAGCUUCAGCCCCGACAGGAUCAGACACAACUUCCAGAUUUUUGACUUUUCACUCACCGAGGGAGAAAUGAAAGCCAUUGAGGCGCUGAACAAAAACACUCGCUUUGUGGAGCUGCUGAUGUGGAGUGACCAUCCAGAGUACCCGUUUCACGAUGAAUAUUAACGCUCUGCCUGAUUUCACCAGCGCCGUUUGCUCCGGUACAUUUUCACAGUCAACACUAGAGGGCUCAUGGUCACACCGAGAGAAAAGCACAGAGACGUGACCCGUUUUACAGACGUUAGAAGUUGUUCUGUGGUUGCGUGUGAGGAUAAUGUGACAUAUUCAACGACAGUUCAUUGUUCAUUACGACUGUUCUUGAAAUGAAUUGAUGCCCCUGCUGCAAUAAAUACGGGUCUGCUUGAAAACGUG